GAAAGGUCCCGAGCCCGGAGAUGGAAGAGCAGAGGCGUUCUAUGGGCUGGGUUGAAAGCCUCAUCCCCCAAAUAGCAUCGUCUUGACCCCCAGCCCAGGGGCCACCUAGCCAGUGGCUGUUCUCUCCCAGCAUUGCAUUUAUUCGGUAUUAACAGAGACACGGAGAGCGGGGCACGCUCGCAGGUCAGGGAGGAGAGUGACUGCUCCUGGGCCUUCCCCUCCUAACCUGCGACCAAACUCCAGCCCUAGGGAGUGGGCAGGGCCUCUUGCCGCGCCUCACGCCCUGCUUUUCGCCUCCUUCAGCGUUGUCUGCUAGCUGCUUUUCCUGCUCUCUCUCCCAAGAGACGAACGCUUGAGGCCGAGAUGGCAGCCACCCUGCUCAUGGCUGGGUCCCAGGCCCCUGUGACAUUUGAAGACAUGGCCAUGUACCUCACUCGGGAAGAAUGGAGACCCCUGGACCCUACCCAAAGAGAUCUUUACAGGGACGUGAUGCAGGAGAAUUAUGGAAAUGUUGUCUCACUGGAUUUUGAGAUCAGGAGCGAGAACGACGCAAACCCGAAGCAAGAGUUUGGUGAAGACGUGGAAUUCGUGACCAUGGCCGAAGAGCCGGCCGAGAACGCCGAGAGGAACGCCGACGGCGAAGAGGCCUUUGGACGCGGAGACGGGGCGGGGAGACGGUGGGGCGAGCUGACGGCGGAGGAGUGGGUGAGCUACCCGCUCCAGCAAGUCACCGACCUGCUGGCGCGCGAGGACGGCCCCCCGGGCAUCCGCUACCACAUAUGCUCGCAGUGCGGGAAGGCCUUCGGCCAGAUGGCGGACCUCCACCGGCACCAGAAGACGCACGCGGGGGACAGGCCCUACAAGUGCUACGAGUGCGGCAAGGGCUUCAGCCGCAGCUCGCACCUCAUCCAGCACCAGCGGACGCACACGGGCGAGAAGCCCUACGACUGCAGCGAGUGCGGCAAGAGCUUCGGCCGCAGCUCGCACCUCAUCCAGCACCAGACCAUCCACACGGGCGAGAAGCCGCACAAGUGCGCCGAGUGCGGCAAGAGCUUCUGCCGCCUGUCGCACCUCAUCCAGCACCAGCGCACGCACAGCGGCGAGAAGCCCUACGAGUGCGGCGCCUGCGAGAAGCCCUACGAGUGCGGCGCCUGCGGCAAGAGCUUCAGCCGCAGCUCGCACCUCAUCACCCACCAGAAGACCCACACCGGCGAGAAGCCCUACGAGUGCGGCCAGUGCUGGCGGAGCUUCGGCGAGCGCUCGGACCUCAUCAAGCACCAGCGGACCCACACGGGCGAGAAGCCCUACGAGUGCGUGCAGUGCGGCAAGGGCUUCACGCAGAGCUCCAACCUCAUCACCCACCAGAGGGUGCACACCGGGGAGAAGCCCUACGAGUGCACCGAGUGCGACAAGAGCUUCAGCCGGAGCUCGGCCCUCAUUAAGCACAAGAGAGUUCACACCGACUAAGCCGCCCCCUCCCCUCCCCGCGCGGUGCUAAGGCAGAAGUGACUCGUGGGAAGGUCGGCUGUCUUUGGUGUCGGCGAGCUCUCUUAAGACAGCGCCUUUUAACCUUCCGACUUCCUCCUGUCUUGUGAGGCCACAGUCUAGAAUAGGAGAGAAGACGACCCUUUUUGAAAGUUUAACCCGCAGCUCUGGGGACGUGCUCCCCUCCUCCAAGAUAGGGAUUUUUAGUCACUGGGCAUUACGUGCAUUGCUUCGUCGGUCAGCCCCCCCCCCCCCCCCCCCCAACCCCAAGUAACUUGGAGGCUGAAGACCAGAGGACAAGAUGCUGGUGGAUGAGGCCUGGAGAUGGAGUAGACCUUUAAAAAGUUGUGUGGUUUUGUUUUCUCUUGUAUCUUUGGCCCAAAGAGACUGCAGUGGGAACGUAGAACUGAAACAGGGUGGUCGCAGCGGCUUCGGCAGAAGGCAGGCGGACUUGCCUUGAGUUGUGGGCCGCACACUGUGGCCGCUGGGCUCCCACACUUCCCUCCCAAAGGGCUUUGGUUUUGAGUAACUCACGCUCGUAUCUUACCAUCUUCUUGCACACAGGAUUCAGCACGCUGAAGGCAGCGAUCGCAUCGUUGCUCUUUGUUUCUCAAGGAGCGUAGCUUGCCUGUUUUUGAGAACUGACCGAAGAUUCAGAGCGAAAGGAAAAAGGAGGCGCAGGUUUGGGGACCAAGGGCCUGAGGAUGGUGGCGACGUUAGCAAGCGACACAUACCCAUCGAUACUGCCACUAAUCAGAUUUAUGUGUUUUCUUUAAAAAUCACCUUAGGGAUCAUAGUAGGGAGACUGCCUUUAGGAAAAGAUAGGAAGGGAUGACAGGAUGAAAGAAGGAAGUGAACUGACCCCGCGGCAGGAAAGGGAGUGCAGAAACCUUCCCAGAGGACGUCAUCUCUGUGUUCCUUGCCGUCCAACCUUUACAGUCGCUCGGCCCUGGGCUGCUCACCCUGGAGUCUGAUGGGGCCACGCCCCAGGCUUUCUCCUAGCUUGCAUAAAGGCAUGUGUAUGUACAGUGAAAUGUGGACUCUGAUAGCAGCAACCGAAUUCAUAAGAAUCAGCAUGUUCUUGCGUGACGUAGAUCUUAAGAUAGAACUGUAGACAUAACUCCAGUGUGAGAAUCUUUCUUUUGUUAUGGAAGAAAAUUAACAUCAGUUAAUUUACAGGCACUGGCCUGUAAGGUUUGGUUUUGUACAGAACUGAACGCUUGUGCGUGUCCAUCAGUUGUGAGAGAAUGGCUGGACAGUUAGAUCCAUUGUCCUCUCUCAGACUUAGUUAUCUCCUCCUGUGAUGAAAUGGCCUCAUCCGAAGAAAUAAAUCUAGACAGGAAUGUGUUUCCAGCCUCCAGAUAAAAAUAGUUAAAAAGGUACCUCAGUUCUCCUUAGGUAGCCCAUAUAUUGGUGCUUAUUCAGCCUUGGGGGGAUGGAAGGGAGUUGGCACCCAGGAGCUGGGGCUGGGAUGUAUAUACAUUAUAUAUAUUUCCAUCAAUCACUGGAUAUAUAUAUAUAUAUAUAUAUAUAUAUAUAUAUAUAUACACACACACAUAUAUGUAUCCAGUAUAUUUCUGUGGUGCUUAGUUGCAAAUGUAACAUUAUUUUUUUUAUUAAAGAAAACCCUUUUUUGUUUAAUUUUUUGGGAUUUGGCACUUAAAGAGCAGUGCUUUCACUACAGAAAGUCACUGUGACCACAGCUAGGUGACACCGUAUCACUAGUUAGUCAUAACUUCAAAUGCAAUUGACUGAAAAACUGCUCCAAGAGCCUCUUAAGUGCUCACUUCCAUUGGAGUGUGGACUCGGGCCAGGGCACAUGGUUUCUCUUCUGUACAAAAUCUAGCCGACUGGGUACUCAUAUUUUAACUCCUAGGUGACUUACAUGCUCUUGGUUACUAAACUCAGAUAUGUCCUCUGUAUCAGUGUAGCUGGUGACUUACGCGGAGUUCAGCGUUCUCCCGUUGCUUCUUUGAGCCACUGUAAGUGACUGCUUGGGAGCGGCCCGUAGAACACAGCACCUCUGACCCAACUUCAUACGCCCCCCUUCCCUCCUGUUUCCAACACACACACACGCACUCGCACCCCUGUGCCCCAAGCCCUGCUGUACCCCCACCACUUCCCUCACGCCCACCUGGCCUUCCUGUAAAGGUUAUGCCACGUCCCGUUUGCUGCUUUUGCCUUCUAGGAGCUGAAGGGCUCCCAAAGGUUUCUGAUCGCCUGUCCAUCUCUCCAUCUGUGUACACCCCAGCUGGGUGGCUAUAAAGACAGCGGCCAUGCCAGCUCUGGCCACUCUGCUGCGCUCAGUGGCUGCCCUCCCUGUGCUGAACUUUGUGGAAGUCUGCCACACUUCACUAACGCUACCUGCAUGCUUUCUGUUCGCAAGUCCCUGUUUCUGCACACACCCAGACACUCUGUGCCUGUGUUCUAUGGUUGUGAGAGUGGAUGAACAAGUAAAUCUGUAGAGCAGAUUCCCUUGGUAUUGGUCAGUUACCCUAGUAUCUUGUCUAUCGCUGUAUUAUCUAACAAUACUCUACAAUUAAAGGUAUAAUUUUUAAA